AUGACCUGUCGGGGAAAGAAAAAUAAAAAGCUGUUGCAGAGGUUGCUGCCCAUGUUUAUUAUACCGUUCCUGAUACAGUCGACAAUAGUGCCCUUCUUCCUGAGCACGCUUAAAUUCAUGCUAUUCAAGUCUCUCAUGGUUGGAAAGCUGGCUCUGGCGCUCAUUGUCAUUAACGCUUUCAAGAACAGCAACUCCUUCAAAGGCCGCGACGCGGAAAUGGCGAACGUGCAUUAUGGUUACCAUGGCAACGGAAUGGAGGAAUACGGAGCCUACAUUAAU